AUGAGCAGCUCUGAGGAGGUAUCAUGGAUAAGUUGGUUCUGCGGCCUCAGAGGAAACGAAUAUUACUGCGAGGUGGACGAAGACUACAUAAGUGAUAAGUUCAAUUUAACAGGUCUUAAUGAACAAGUUCCACAUUACAGGCAGGCCUUGGAUAUGAUAUUGGACCUAGAACCAGAUGAUGACUUGGAAGAAAAUCCAAAUCAAUCAGAUUUGGUGGAACAGGCUGCAGAAAUGCUCUAUGGCUUGAUUCAUGCACGUUAUCUUUUAACUAACAGAGGUAUAGGCCAAAUGUUAGAAAAAUUUCAAACUGGAGACUUUGGUAACUGCCCACGUGUUUAUUGUGAAUGCCAACCAAUGUUGCCCAUUGGACUCUCAGAUGUCCCUGGUGAAGCAAUGGUUAAGUUGUACUGCCCCCGUUGUAUGGAUGUAUACACUCCUAAAUCUUCGCGUCACCACCAUACGGACGGUGCGUAUUUUGGAACUGGUUUCCCACACAUGGUGUUCAUGGUACACCCAGAAUACCGCCCACGAUGUCCCACGUCGGAGUUUGUACCCAGACUAUAUGGGUUCAAGAUCCACCCGGUAGCUUAUGAGAUUCAGACACAAGCAGCUGCGGGACACAAAUCACUUCGAACUAUGGCAUACAACAAUGGUAAACGCUAG